UGGGGAUGGGCGUCGUUGUUGAGUCGAGGUGAGGGCACCACGCCUUUUGGACGCGAGGGAACGAGCUCAGAAUUUCUUAAAUGUACUGUACUACGUUUUCUCAUAUCAAAGACAGUACAGUGUGAAGACAGGCUAAAACUGCUUAUCCAAUAGAAAUCCCCGAUCGCGCUUGUAUGCAAUGCCAUGGGGACAGUGUCUUCGGGUCGAUCGGUCGUCUCACACCGAACUGCGCAUGUAAAGGCUGUCAACUCAAAGAUAUAAAGUUGUUUUUUGACGAAAAUGAAAACGUGUCAGUUUGUCGAGGUUGGAGUAAGAACAUGUUCAACUACUUAAGACAUUGUCUCUAAUCUAGGUUCUGCCUUUAUAUUUCGAGAAAAUGAAUAACUAAAGGAAUAAUUUUUCACUUCUCUCAUUGACUCCUCAAACCUGCCUGGUCUGUUUCGCAAGCAUUCCCGGAAGAAUUGUGAUGUUGCGCCUCUGGGUUUAGAAACUCUGUGCUCAUGUUCUCCAUCCCCCCGCCCACACAUUCCAAAAGGUGCUUGACCGAACCCUGACGUGUCCAAUGAGGAAAGUAAGUUCCGUUGAGGGCGGGUAGUUUGGGAUUUCAUUGGGGAAGGACUUCCUCCGUAGUUGCCGUUGGAUGGAAGCUGCGCUGCGUAGGUGACACGUAACUAAAAUUGAAAGUGUUGUAGGCCUCGUACAUAUCGGGAUUUUGAUUUCUAUUACAGUGAUUGACAAAAUCUGAACGCGUUGCAAUGGGAAUCUGUUACAUCCGGUCUGGUUUUGUUUCCGAAUAGAGUGAACAUUGCUUCUACAUUAAGCACAAUGACAAAUUCUGCUUCUCAUGAAAUAUCGGAGUGAGUUUGCUCUGUGUAGUGUUGUCAAACGAAAAUCCAAGGAAAAGUAAAAACAAACUGGGAUUCCUUCGUGGAUGUGGCUACACCGUUUUGUGGGCCAAAAUGAAUCCAACAUAUUCACUAAACUUGCCUCAACUCGAAAGUGUUUCUGCUCCCUCUGUUUAAUAAUGCUUGGGGACGACUGAGGUGAGAAGGGGUUUGAGGUAGUUAUUAGUAGAAAGUUUAGACAAAGUUUGCACAGCAGUGACCCGACGAUCGCUUGUGCAGGCGGCGGGGAGGGGAGCGAUUCAAUCAUGGGAAACGGAGUGUGUUCUCGGAGGCAGCGGAGAGUCUUCCAGUCUCUCCUUCUCAUCACGGUGGUUUUCGGAAUGAUUUAUGGCGGGAUGAUAUCGUAUGAGAUGCACAAUCAGUUGAAGAGGACUGAGGCGAUGGCUGUCAAGUACCAGCAACACCAAGAGUCGCUCUCGGCGCAGCUUCAAGUCGUGUAUGAGCAUCGCUCGCGGCUAGAGAAGUCUCUGCAGAAGGAACGUGUGGAACACAAGAAGGCCAAAGAGGAUUAUCUGGUGUAUAAACUUGAAACCCAACAGUCUCUGAACAAGGAGAAGCAGGACUCCAGCAGCAGAUUGAACUCUUUACAUGGGCAGCACCAGAUGCUGAAGAAGCAGCAUGAGGACCUGAAGAAGCAGCACUAUGACCUGCAGGAGCAGCAUCAGAUUCAGGGAGAGGACCACGGCAAGGCCUUGGACGAACACAAGGACCGCUUCGACAAACUACAGCAGACCAAAGAGAUGGAAGCCUCCAAACUCAAAGAGAAUGUGUAUAAUCUGGCGAGAGAGAAUAAGCAGCUGAGGAAAUCUCACCAGGACAUCCAUGUCACACAGCGCAGGAUGCACGGUUGUCUGAUGGUCUCUCCUCAGGUCCAGGUGGAUGAGUAUAAACAACUCAAAGAGACCCUGAUCAGAAUGCCCAGCCUUCAACAUGAUCAAAACCCCUCCCACCAACAGGCCCAGCCAGCUGCUGUAUUGGCAGAGCCCCAUGAACAGGCUCCACCCUCACCACAGUCAGCUGCUUUAUUCGCUGAGCCCCACGUAGAAGCACACACCCAUGAGGAAGACCAUGGGGACACACAAUCCAGGUUGCAUCUGCAGGAAGAGGAAGUGGGAAAGCCAGAGUUCCAGUCUCAGCCUGCCCAGUCCCACCAUGCCGAGAAAGAGGGAUAUGGGGAUGCAGAGGGGGAGGCAGAGAGGAGGAGAGAGCUGGCGGAGGAAGAGAUGGAGCAGGCCGGGCAGCCCCAGAAGCUGGAGGAGGAAUCUGAACAACCACAGGAGGACGAGGGGUUGGAGGCAGAACACGACCAGCCAGACAACAACGCUCUGGACCGUCAGAGACGCCAACCACAACUGGAUCCACAAAAUGACAUCCACCUCGUCCCUGAGACCCACCUGCAGCAGGAGGCCCACGUGACCCAGGCGGAGCGGGUGAAGUCUGCCUACGAGCAGCAGAAGGAGCAGCAGCGCCUGGAGGCUGAGAGGACCCAGAGGACGAGGGAGCUCCAGCUGCGCCAGGAGGCCCUGCUGGCCCAGAGAAUGACCGUGCAGAGGGAGAGAGAGCUGCGUCUGCGAGCUCAGCACGAGAGAGAGGAGGAGCAGCAUCGAGAGGCGGACCGUCGGGAACAGCUACUGAAGAAAGAGCAGAUCAGGAAGAAGAGUAACUAUGAGAACAUGGACAAUGACAUCGUCCAAGGUGAUGAAGAACCUCAUAUUGAUGAUGACGAAGAGAGGGACCCUCACAUGGAGCAUGAUGAGGAGGAGCAAGAUGAAGAGGACCACCGAGUACCACAACUACAGGAGGGGGCGGUAGAGGGGGAGGUGGACCCAGAGGAUGACCCUAAUAACCAGGGAGAGGAUGAGUUUGACGUGGCAGAGGAGCAGCAUCUUCAGCAUAGGGAGGAAGAGGAGGCAGACACGCACCCUAACCCCAAUCACCCAGCCAUAGACGAGGAACUGGUGAUGGCGGUAAACCCCGAUCAGCAGGAAGACAAUCUGGAUGAGCUGUAUCCGGAGGACGAGGUACAGGAGGAUUUGGCCAGGGGGCAGAAGAGGGAGGAGGAGGAGGAGGAGCCAUACAACGAGGAGAACGGAGAACACGAUGACGUGAAAGAGCAAGAGGUCCCAGCAGAGAAAGAGGGAGAACACGGGAAAGGAGAGAUCCAGGAGGAGGAGAACUACGAAGACAAGGAGGUGGGGGUCGGACGGGACGAGCGGCCCAAUCGAAGGGAGAUGUGAGCUGGACAGAGACGAUGACCAAUGAGAGUGCCUUUCCCCAUCACUGGGAGCCAAUCAUAUCUCACUAUUGUUCCCUCCUAAAGGAGUAAAAUCAGACACCCACUCGGCAUUCCUAUUGGAAUGUCUGCUUGGAGAUUCCCUUUUGUUUUUGUGUGGGACUGGAACUCAUGAACUUCUGGACAGAAUUCUCCUACUGGAACUGGGAAUACUAUAUAUAUAUAUAUAUAUAUAUAUAUAUAUAUAUAUAUAUAUAUAUAUAUAUAUAUA